GAAAGACUGUAUGAACUCUUCAUGCUCCAGAUGGGAGAGGGGCGGACACAUUCCGAAAACCCCACAACGGAGUCUUUUUAAGAGGUUUUGGCCGCGAUACAGUAGAGAUUGUUUUGAACACAUACAUUGAAGACCAGCAGAAGAAAUGACCAGCGAAGUUGAACCCGAGAAUCCAGAGGUUUGGGGCGUUGCUGCAGCCCAGAGCGCGAGCGGCUCGGCCGAUGCGGAUACUUUAAUGGAAGUUACUUUCCAGAAGAACCCCAGUCAGAAAUACAAAUACCUGGAGGCAGAACCCAAGAUUUUAGGGGUCACAGAGAUCGCGCUGACUGUCUUCUUCGUUGUUUGCAGAAUUUCGUUUUAUAUGGUACGAUCUGAACUAAAUGGCUUCAUGCUGGCGUUUUCAUGUGUUGGCAUUAUUUCUGGCAGUGUGGCCAUUGCAGCGCAGAAACUUCACAUGCCAACACUUAAGGCUUGUUUGGGAAUGCAGGUGGUCACAUGUGUGGCAUAUACCUUCUGUCUUCUGGAAACAUUUGUUGAGCCAUAUGCACGCAUCACUGAUUGCUGGCAUCCCUAUAAUCACAGUAACAUAACACAUGAGAAUGACACAUGUAUACAAAUAGAGAAAGGAUUUCAUCUACUGUUUGCAUUAGAUCAGCUCACGGAGUUGACUCAGAUUGUCCUCUCCAUCACAAUAGCUGCAUACUGCUGCAAGGUGAUUCCUUGCUGCAGUCCCACAUCUCACGUGCCUGUCAUCGUUAUGACGCCACCCACGGCUACGCAAUGAACGUUGGAGUGUGUGCAUCUAAAAAGGCUAAUAAUACUAAUAAAACUCAAUCUUUGAACACAUUAUUAAAUACUAAUACAUUAUACCAUAGUCAAACAUAUCACUAAUAUAUCUCUAUACAAAUAUUUUGAGAGCAUUAAAACAUCUGGUCUUUUAACAUAAUGUGCAGACUGCAGACCUAUUUCUGAAUUAACAUAAAUGUGUAUAAUUGCCAGUAUGAAUUAAUAUCUCAAUCAGCUUUAAAAUACAACAUAUAAAACUUGUAAAAAUAGCCUUUUACAGAACAUAUACUGUAUAUUCCAAUUCAUAUACGGAAUCUGUUGGUGUAUGGACAUUGUCAAUACACAAAUUAAAAGUUAUUAAAAUUGAAUAAACUAAUGUAAUAAACAAUAAAAAUAAAUCUAGUUACAGUCUUCA